GAAAAAUAGUUCCUGCUGUUAGUGAAUCGAUGCUUGAACCGAAGCUGUGAAGUUUAGAUGUGCAUUUUAUUGCUCAAUAAUAUUCAUCCUUCCAUCAUCAUCUCGUUCAUGAGCUUUGGAUACCUAAACAUCGGGGUUAUCCUGUCGGUUCGUUCUAAUCUCCGCCAUCGCCAUUCGCCCCGCUCGCAACAUCUUCUCCUCCGAUGGAGGCCAAUUAUGGUAUGUGCAACUUCUGAGGUAUAUAGGGUCUGCCAGGGGUGACGUCGGCCCUUGAGCUUUUCAGGGGUCGUUCAUUCGGCUUGAGAACAGUCUUGGGGACCCACCAGCAAUUGCUUUCAAAUAGACAGCACUUCGUUCCGGAUUUCUCUCUUUUUCCGUCUUCCGCGAUGCGAGGGAUGAUGGGGUGAGGUGACAGUCGCUGGAAGGGGAAUCGCGAUGAUGAGGGAGGAGGGUGGAUCUGCAGCGGAAUCCCAUCCGGCCCAUGGUGAUCUUCAUGAUCGGGGCGGAGGGCUUCAUCGGAUCCCAACUCUGCGAGAAGCUGAUGGGGGAGACCCUCCUCACCGAGUUCGCGGUGAACGCCUACAGCGACGAGAUCAAGCACAUCUUGGAGCCAGCCCGCCAGGCAGAGCAGCACCAGCAGCAUCUCCGGACACCCCUGGGUCGGUCGAAUCCACUUCCACCGCCUCAACAUCAAGUACAACUCCAGGCUCGGGGUCCUCAUCAGGAUGUCCGAUGUGACGAUCAUGCGAUCUGCACGCCGUCAUAUCAGAACACUCGUCCGCUUGAUGCCAUCUCAGCGAUUUCAUCGACGCGUCCAAAUUUAAGAGUCACUUGCACUUCCUCAGUUUGACUGUCCAAUUGCCGCUGAUAUCUUUUUCUUCAAUUUUGUUGCUGAUUAGGUGUUGCUCGGAGAACAAUAAGCGGCUCACUCACUUCUCCACUUGUAAAGUCUAUGGAACAAUAAUUAGGAGCGUCCUUCCAAAGGAUCACCCGUAGACAGGUAUUGCAGUCUGAGGAUUACCUAAAAGCUAAGGACCUAAAGUGAAGGUGCAACCGAAUCUGCAACUCAACCUUCGUGGCCCUACAUGUAUCUGCAUCGACAUUAUGACCACCAGAUCGACUGGAAUAAUCCUCAGUGGAAUGAAUGGUUGUCUCUCUCGCCUCAGCACGUUACCAGGCGGCUCCACCGAGACAAGUAAGCCACAAACCAAACUCAUAGUUCUGUUUACAUACAUGCAUACUGUGUGUGGCUUUUCCCAGGGUUAUAUGAUCGAUCCCAUCGAUCCAAUAAAAAACCCUGCCUUGAGAAACCUGUGGAUUUCGAAACAGUCCGCGGGCAGGGAAAACCAUGGGCAUUUUUCCGCGGCGGUUUCGGGUAACAGGAGUUACGCAUUGCUGCUUGGACCCCACCUUUCUUAUUGCGAGACGACUUUUGCUGCAUGCUCUCCGCCACGGACCACCGAAAUCGGAUGUCAUUGGACCUCGCACGGGCGAUGCCAUUCACUUCUUCGAGCCAAUUGGACAUGACGGCCGUCUGUUCGCUGUCGGAGGUAGACGCAGCCGAGUCCACCAACUUCACCCACAGGAAGUUGGAAAACAUGCGACUGAAACCGAUGGAAUGCGAGGUCGUGAUCCCUCCCCGUCCCUCCGAUUCCGAAAACCACGUACGUACUUUACCACCUCAAAAACCGGCGGCACUCACAGCUCCACGCCCCGGAGAAGGACAUGGGAGCGAUGCCCAUCGAAGCGAGCGGCGCUCUGCUCAUGGUAUCCUCCGUUUCCCUUUCGCUUUCUGACAUUUCUUUUAUGUGAUUUCUGCGGUCCGCCAACGAAGAGCUGCGACGUAGGAGUAGAAGUCGUGACCCAGCAUUUGACGCAUCUUUCAGAGAACUGAGCUAUAUGAUCUUCACGCUCCUGGGUGCUUCGGAGACUUUGCGACCCUCGGGGUUUCGUUGUUUCGCGCGCUUUACCGGCUCGGCGGCCGCCCCAUGAAAAGGUAGGGCAGCGAAGGGAAGAGCAGCGAGAGCAUUACUGUCGUAAUUGAUAAUUAUAGGAAGUGAAUGAUGAAGAUGGAUGGAGGGAAUGGCGUGCCCGGGGGAAUGCUGCCCACCAGCAUGGGCUCUGGAGGAUUGCUAGGCCUGGAUAUGUCUCUCCACCCUCACCAACAGAUGCAGCAGCAACAGCAGCCGCUGCUUCAUCACCAGCUCCAGCAGACGCACCACAUGCUGCCGUUCCAGGCUCCGACAGCCAGUGACGGCGACCGCCAGGCCGAGCAGCACCCCGUGAGGCACGCCCAGUACGUGCCCCCGUUUGGCCACGUCAGGGAUAAACAGCAGCCGGCCAUGAGUUCCGAGGAGGAGCCCAGAUACGGGGACGAGGUCGAUGACCAGGUGGGGCGGGGAGGGAUGUCGCAGCCGUCGCCGUCGGCCUCUCCGUGGCAGCGGAUGAAGUGGACCGACGGCAUGGUCCGGCUCCUCAUCCAGGUGGUCUACCGCGUGGGAGACGACGGCGGUGGGGCGGCGGGGGAGCAGCAGCAACCCCAGGGCACUGUUGCAAAGGGCAAGAAGUCCUCGUCUGCGGCGGCGGCGGCGUCGGCGUCGGCGUCGGCGCUGCUGCAGAAGAAGGGGAAGUGGAAGUCGGUGUCGCGGGCAAUGAUGGACAAGGGGUUUUUCGUGUCGCCGCAGCAGUGCGAGGACAAGUUCAACGACCUGAACAAGCGAUACAAGCGGGUGAACGACCUCCUUGGCAAGGGAACGGCCUGCCGGGUGGUGGAGAACCAGAGUCUCCUCGAGACCAUGGACCUCUCCCCCAAGGCUAAGGAGGAAGCCCGCAAGCUCCUCAACUCCAAGCACCUCUUCUUCCGCGAGAUGUGCGCCUACCACAACGCCGGAGCUUACUCCGCCUGCGCCGCCCCUCCCCCUCCGCAGAUGCCGCCGCCCCAUUCCUCAGAUCAGCAGCAGCACUGCUUCCACCACCCGCCUGGCCGAGCUGACACGGCACUGUCCACGAGGAAGGUUGCAGGAGGUAGCAGGGCUGCCAUCGUCGCCGACGAGGAGGGAAUGGCGGAAGAUAUGGACGAUGACGAUGAUGUGGACAGCGAGGACGAUGACGACUACGAUGACGAGGAUGAUGAUGAUGACGACGACAUGGAAGAACACAACCAUAAGCGCCACGGGCACCACCACCAACACAAGCACGACGAGGUGGGGGAGGACGAGGACAACAAGAAGCACAGGAAGACGGCGUCUCAGACGUCAGCCUCCCCUCCGCUCUCACUGACGCUGUCGUCGCCAUCCAGCUCCGUGCAGCAGUUGCGGUCCGAGAUGGUGGCCAUGUCCGGCGGGGGUGAGCAGCAGCAACGGCAGUGGCUGAAGAGGAAGGCAGCGGAUCUGGUGGAGCAGCGGGUGGCGUACCAAUGCCGGGCCUUCCAACUGGAGCGCCAGCGCUUCAAAUGGCUCCGCUUCAGCACUAACAAGGAACGCGAGAUGGAGCGCAUGAAGCUGGAGAACGAACGCCUCCGCCUUGAGAACGACCGCAUGGCGCUGCUACUCCGACAAAGAGAGCUCGAGCUCAUACAGGGAGGCGGCGGUGGCGGUGGCGUCUCCUCCUCCGCCGAGCAGCAGCUAAUGCUUCAGAACACCAAUGCCAAUCCUAACUCUGCUACUACGGUCUAAAGCUUGUCUUCUUUGUCGCCCCAGGAAAGAUUAAGACGGAGGAGGCUUCAAUGCGCUGCAUCGGGCAAUUAACGUGCACAUUCCUGCCUUUGCAAUAGCAUGAUGGUGUGAUGACCACAAGUAGACGCGAAAACCCGGAAUGAGUUCUUUUAUGGUAUCUUUGUAAUUUUUCCUUCACUUAAGUUUGGCGUUUUACUGUAACGAAGAACUGAUACAUUUUCGUUCACGAAAUUCUGUGAAAUUCAGAAACAAAAGAGUCGAAAAUUCGUGGAAUAUAA